AGGCGUUGCAGCUUUCUAGUCAAGCGUUUCAAUGAUUCCUUUCAUGUAUUAUCACAAUCUACCCAAUUCUCAUCGAAGCCUCCGCCCCUCAACGAAUACUUAAGAAAUUUUUAUUCAUGGAUGUUGCAAAUGACUUCCUGUGAGUACCUGUGACGAUGUAGUUUAUUUGAUUUGGUGGGAUUCAUUGUUUUAUCACCUGAAAUCUCCGCCCUGCUUUUCUCUGUAAUUGCACCAAACUUGGUGUCGCGUCCUCCCUUCUUCCAAGGCGCACAACUAACUUUGAGGUUUUUUGCCUACUACUUGCAUAGUUGAUCUUCACAGUUGGUGUGAAAGACAGAAUGGGUCGUAAUUCGGCGUAUGGUCCUAAUGUUGUACAGGCUUUGAGUGAAUCUCAUCGUCCUGCAACAUGUGCAAAUUCUGGAUUCGGGCAAACAAGUUGCACCAGGGAUGGCGCUCGAGGCCGAUCCUUCUCUCCCCUCCCGCCACACGCCCCACUGGCCGGCCUUAAGGAAGAAAAUGGAUAUCAUGCGCAAGACCGAUUUAGGUCACCAUUGCCUCCUCACAGCGGAUCGAUGCUUCAUUUCGGAUCUGAAUCCGAUUUGGAGAGGGAUGAAUCAUUGGCUCUUUGCUCUCGAGGAACUGAACACGAAGGCGAAACACGAACUUCAGAAGUUGUACAUGUAG